AUGGAUGGCGACGAAGAUGUGCAAGUCGUGUUCGAAAAUUGCAACAACCAAACUUGGAAGACGGCUCGAGAUAACAUCAGAAGCAAUUACCGCACGGUAGGACAGUCAUCAGGUUUUAAAUGCUAUUCUUCUGGAAAGACUGGCAACGAAAAAUCAGAAGAAUGGCGUGGAGUAGGUGCCACAUCUAUUCUCUCUUAUCCAUCUUGCUCUUCCGCCAUGUCAAUGACUUCCUCGGAAUGCAGUUUUGCUACAAGUGGUGCAACACAGAUGGACCCACUUGCUACCAAGAUUGAGAUGAUUGACUUACUCAAUAGUCAUGACGGAGAUUCGGAUGUUGAAAUUCUAGAGGAUAGCGAUUCUACGGGAUCCGGCCAAACUGUGUUUGAGUGUAAACACGAGGACGACGAUGAUGAGCACGAUAUGCCGAUGUCUACAACACCGAAAGACGGUAACGGAAAUGAGGAAGAGCCAUUGUUUUCUACCAAACAGGAACCCCCAGAUAUCAGCGAAAAAGAGUCAAUUCAUCGAGACAACGUGCAGAAUCCGACACUCAUAAAGCCAAAGGAUGAAACGCCGUUGCCUACUGCAUCUGCGAUGAACCGCGUUUCUACUUCCAGCAUUAGAGCCAACGUAACCAGAUCUGCUGCACAGCUGUGGCGCGAAGCAUGCCGUUCAUCAUUGAGCAGCACAGAAGAAGAGAAACCUUUGGAUCUUCCAACAUUCUCUUCGACGCCCAGUACAGUGUCCGAUUGUAGCAGUUUAGCCAGAGAUGUGGUACAACAUAUGAAUAUAGAUGCACCUCCAGUUGCGCCUCCACCUGGGCCUCCGCCUGGGCCUCGUAAAAGAAAACCGUUUGAAAUUCCCAUCUCUCCUGUGCAUGAUGAAGUUUCUUCCUCAUCGGACGUGGUCUCAAAACAGUCAACGGUGGUCAAUGCCUGGGAUAGUGCACAGGAGUUGGCAACUGCUUCAAGAUGGGCCGAGACUCAUGAUUUCGGCAUUGAUGGAGACGAGUUUCUUGAAACCGAAGACGAAGCGCUGGAAUCUUCUGGUACUGAUGGUACAGAUUCUGAGAUUAUUGAAAUCAUGGAGCCAGCUGGGCCAUCUCGUGGGUCUGGUGCACAACCACAGGGCGUUUCUCAGAAGAAGUCUCAAAAGGCGGACAAGGGCACUUCUAAGAAGCCAGCCGACUCAACAGUAUCAAAAAAUAAAACUCAUCGAAAGCGGAGUAGUUCGUCUAGAUCUCCACAGAAAGCAGAUACACGCAGAAAUGGACAUCCUCUGAAGCGAUUCGCUGGGGACAAAAUGGGUGACAAACCGACAGAACGCCUUGGAUUUCUGCGAAUUAGCACAGCAGUUGUUUCGGCAUCUGAAGCUCCAAGAGCCAGGGACUUACCAAAGUAUCCCCCUGUACCGAGACGUUAUGACUUUUCUCGGUGGCUCGACGCCGAAGGAGAUUUAAUACUACACAAAAUAAAAGACGUGGCUGUUGGCAUUGUAAAUGCACCCCUGGGGUGCACUUAUGAUUCUGCUCUGGACACAUUUAUUUUCACAAGCCAGGAUAGUAUUUUGUUUGCCAGUGCCGAGGGGCAAAUAUUAAAAGAGUUGACCCUCACUGGUUUUGAUCACCCUUGCGCUGUCGCUGUCUUACUUCCCGGCAAGGCCUUGGGCAUUCUGGACCGCUCAAAUCUAUACCUGUACGAGCAUCACAAGAGACGGCUGAGCGUACUUGCUACCAGUUUGCGUGCUAGACAUCGCGCUCUUGCGUACACAGCGGCGGGGGACUUCGUAACUGUAAGAAAAGUCAGCGGACAACUAGUUCUGACCGUGUUUGAUGCAUCUAACUGUGACAAUAUAAUAGCCAGCCUUCCUUUCCCAAAUGCAGAUGGGAUUCCAGAAGAUCAGUUGAGGCAACCAUGUUUUGCAGACUGCACAGGCACAUACAUCUAUUUCACAGAUUUGCGAGCCAACACGUUGACCUGCAUCCAGAUGUCAAGAAGAGAUCGACUCGAGAAGGUGUACAGUAGAGCUAUGCAGCGGAUGCCAUCACACAGCGAUAAAGAAGCUGAUGAAAGAUUUCUCUACAUGAGUGGAAUACGCUGUGAUGACGCGGGACAUCUCCUAGUAGCGGAUGCGAAGACCCGUUGCUUGAAGCUGCUAGCAGCAAGUGGACAACUCAUUAAGAAAGCUCGUAUCGCGGAUGGAAGUAGAUUCCCAUUUUGUUCGACUUUUGGAGUUUCACCCUCAGGACUGCUCAUGGCGUGCGAUCGUAAUAAUAGUCGCAUGAUACUAUAUCGGAUCGGAGAAGAAACUACACCCGAAGAUGCCUUUUUGACCGACGACUUUUUCGAUCGUAUGAUCGGAACUCAUGGCGUUGAAGAUGAAGUUCGCCGAGCAAAGGAUGCAGCUCAUAGAUUUAAUUAGUUUUCAUCAGUUUUCGUUCCUUCUUUUUUCUUUACGGCAGGUUAUACGGUGCGAUCUUGCCUUAUUUUUUUUUAGCUCAUAGCGCUACUUAUUCCUGCUUGCUAAUAGCAUGAUAUUUGAAGUUUUGUAUGCACGUUUAAUUUUGGAACGUUUUUCUCUUAGAGACCAUAUGUGUUAGCGGUGCUACUCUCAUCAAAUAUCGAGGUCUCAUUUUUAUGCAAUCUGUAUUAUUUUUGUUGGAUACCAACAUUUGUUAUGUAGUUCAGUACAUUGUUAUCACCUCACCAGAAGUGUAUUUCUGUUAUGCUAGUAAACAUAAUACACUUG